UUUGUGCCUAUUACAUGACAUGCGCCUGCCACAAUUUGUGACCACAAACAUUUAACCACACUAACGGAAAGGUUACCAUUUCAUCUGCUAUACAUGGAAAGAUAUCUGUCUGUUUCUUUCACAUCUAUUUACACAAUGACUCCAUUUUGAGUCUAUGGACUGUUUCAAAACUUUACUGUAGUUCUAAGUUCUGCGAAAGAGAGAAAGUUUGCAUCACGGUGAUGGAGUUUAACUGCAGUUCGACGCACAAGAAUGACACCAACUUUAUUAUUCUGAACCGUGUGGCCUACACACUUGUGUUCAUUUUAGGCCUUGUCCUGAAUUCCUCAGCCUUGUGGUGUUUCAAACGCACCCCCCAGUGGACGGACACUCACAUCUACAUGCUCAACCUGCUGCUCGCAGACUUCUUACUGACCCUUUUUCUGCCUUUCCGCAUAGUCGAGACAUUCUGCCCCAUGACUCUGACUAAUUUCUGUUCAUUCCUGAUAUGUGUGCAUUACACCAACAUGUACGCUAGCAUCUUUACCAUCACAACCAUCAGCGUCCAUCGUUACGUAGUCGUCAGGUCCCCAAUUCGGAACAAAUCCUGUGGAACCUCAGAGGUCAAGAGAAAGAAGAUAGCAGUUCUGACGUGUGUUUUCAACUGGCUCAUAGUCAUAAUUCUCUGCAUAACUUUCAGUCCAAAUAUGAAGCCAGAAAAGCUAAAAACAUGCUAUGACCGCAAAGAUAAUGAGAAGAUGAGCAUUAAAUUCCUGUUGGUUUUGGAGAUUCUUGGGUAUCUUCUACCAAUGAUCAUCAUCAUGACUUGUUCGAUACAAGCUAUCAGGGCCGUGCUAAAGUCAUUAAAAGACAUCCGGCAGCACGCACAGGAGGAAAUUAUUGACAAAAGGAAAAACGUCAUCGCCAUAAUCACAGCCAACAUGAUUGUUUUUAUUGUGUGUUUUACCCCGAUCCAUGCUGGUUACUUGCUGAGGUACAUUUUAGAUGAAGGCACCAUUCGUAAUUUUUAUCAUGUGUCCGAGUGGUUAGCAACAACGAAUUGCUGUCUGGAUUCUAUCGGAUAUUACUUUUUGUUGAAAAAAGUUUGCAGAGACAAUUGACAGCAUUUGAAGAAGGGGGCAUGGGCUCUCUGUGACCUUCAAUGGACAAACAAUGGCAAAUAAUAAUAUAACACCUUUCUAAUACUGUCACUAAAAUAAAAUAAUAAUAAAAAACUAGACCAGUAGGAAAAGAUUAAUGGAAAGAAGAAAGAGAAAUCUUUUUGUCAGAAAAUGUAAAUUUUAAACCGAUUCUUUGAAAUGUGAGAUGCAGAUCUCACAUUUUCUGGCAAGUUGUGGGAGGUUGCCAUUGUAAAAAGAUUGAAAAUCUAGUGUUUUCUUCCUUCUUUUUUAUUUCUUUUUUUAAAUAAAGCACAUUGGAUAGAUAAGAGUUUGUUUUAUCUCUAUAUCAUAUAGAGUACAUUUCAUAUCUGACUGUAAAUUAUUUGUUGUGCUUAUGUGAGAUAUGUGUUCUGCCCUAAAGCAUUAUGUACAUGUGAACAGCUUACAUGUCAGCAGACAUGAAAAUGAAUUAUUCAUGUGAGAAAAAUCACAUCUGAAAAAAGAAACAACAUGCACUUAUUAAGAAGGCAUGACCUCCAUCUUGUGUAAAAAUAAAAACACGUGAAAUGUGUACCACAUUUGAAACGUCAAAUUUCCAUGGAACCAUAUGAUUAUUAACUGUAUAUUAAAAUAUUCUCUAAGGUGGAGAAUUAAAAAGGGGAAGAAACCAUUGCUUUUGUUUCUUUAAAUUGGGGCAUGUUAUUAAAUGGGGGAAUGUAGCAGCCCAGCCAAUUAAACCUUCAUGCACAGAU